AUGGCCCGGACGAACGUCGUGGACCAUGGCGUGUACGUGAAGCCCGUUUCCCACAACCCAUUCGUUUCGACGGUUCACGACGGCGUUAGCACCGGCUAUCUUGAGGGGUUUUCGGCCAAGCCCAUGCACUGGCUCUACCGCUUUCGCUUCAACGUUCUUCCACAGGGCUUUGCAACGGGUUUCUUUUCCCGCAAUCCAUACGGCCGCUACGUCCACUGGCUGGAAGUGAGCACCAUUGAAAAGAUGCGCCUUCAGGCCUUUUCCAUUGAGGGUCUCCCUUGCAACGUCAUGUCGGUCCUCGUGACGCUGUACACCCUAUGGUACUGUUACCGCCUUUGCUUCCUGCAUCCGGACCUCACGCUUUAUAACCUUGGCCUCUGGACGACGAAACCGUGGAUUGCGGCGCAGCGAUUCAACAAGAAGCAAGAGCUGGACCAACCCGUCUUCCGCUGGAUCCAUCGUGCGCCGGAGUACUUCGUGCUGGACCCGUAUCGUGAGCUCAACAAGCUUGGUGUGGCGGCCAACGACACUUGGAGAGAGUACGUCAAGUCUGUGGGCCGUGAGGAUGAGCUCCUCAUUGGACCGCAUGACGCAGGAUACGGUGUGGCCGGUAAGGGCAAGCUGCUGCCGAUGGACAUCGCGCACGAGCAGAAGAGCGGCCACAGCCCUGGCCCUUUCCCCACGCUUCGUUAA